AAAUUAGGGCCCCCCACAUACAGUGACAACCUUAAACCUAAUUGAGUUAUGGUUUAUAACAUUUCAGUUAUUUUGAUUUGAUCGACAUAAUUUUCAAUUCAAAUUCUAAAGUUGCUGAUACAUUGCAUCCCUCAUUUUCUGCCCCCCCUCUCUUUCUCUCUCUCUCUCUUUGCCUCUUCCUGUUCCUCACCUACAUAUAAUGAUUAGAACUCUUCCUUCUCUUUUCCUUUUCCCUCUCUCAUGCAGAGCCUGCACACAGUGAUUCAUAGAUGUCGGAUCUAAAGCAGAUGGUGGUAACAUCUAUUCUUUUCCUGCUUGCCUAUUAGGCUAUGGGGCUAGUACUUCUUGAAUUUUUUAUAUUCCAUAGACUUGAACUUGAUUUUGUGGAUUUGAUGGAAAAAUUUAUCAUUCUUGACCCUGAAAUUCUGGCUGCCCAAUCCGAAAAGGAUGUCAUGCACACAGUCCACACAGACACACCUGGACAGCAGUGGGUAAGGUCCACCACAAGAUAUUUGAACCACUCACAUCAUAUUUGUUGACCAUUCAGUUGUGAUGUCUUCUGUUACCUUCAUUAAGCUAACACUGGCAGUGCACAUAUCUCUUCACAUGCCUGCCUAGUCCACCCUUUCUGGCCUUCAUCCUUCUCUGCUCCACUACCUGAUUGUUCUACUUGUCAUGCUUCAUUUUUCAAUUUGGUUAUUUCUACUGUUAACAUAAAGAAUGGACAGUCUGGGCGAGACGAAGAAGGGGACGACGCUUCCCUCGAUGAUCAAGAACAAGGAGAAGAGGAGUGUCGUCCAUGCCAAGCUCAAGCGCGAGAAGAAGAUCGAGAAGCGGAAGCAGGCCAAGGCACGAGAGGCCGCCAUCAAGCGAGCCCUUGACCUCGGCGAGGAGCCUCCGGAGAAGAAGGUGCCGCGGACGAUCGAGAACACUAGGGAGGUCGAUGAGACGGUCUGUCGACCUGAUGAUGAAGAGUUAUUUGCAGGGAAUGAUGCCGAUGAAUUUAGCCAAGUCCUGAAACAAGAAGUGAUACCAAAGAUAUUAAUCACCACAAAUCGUUUCAAUUCCACAAGAAGUCCUGCCUUCAUUCAAGAGUUAUUGUCUGUGAUUCCAAAUGCUCAUUACCAUAAGAGAGGAACCUAUGAACUGAAGAAGAUUGUUGAAUAUGCAAAGAACAAAGACUUCACUUCAGUUGUAGUGGUCCAUUCAAAUCGAAGGGAACCAGAUGCUCUGUUGAUCAUAAACUUGCCUGAUGGACCUACGGCACAUUUCAAACUAUCUAAAUUAGUCUUGCGGAAGGAAAUUAAGAAUCAUGGAAAUCCUACAGACCAUAAGCCGGAGUUAGUACUGAACAAUUUCACCACACGUCUUGGUCAUCGUGUUGGAAGGAUGAUACAAUCACUAUUCCCUCAAGACCCCAACUUUCGUGGUCGUCGAGUUGUAACAUUCCAUAACCAGCGAGACUUCAUUUUUUUUAGACAUCACAGGUAUAUAUUUGAAGCCAAAGAGAGAAAAGAUCAAGAGAAAGUGAUUGUACGGCUUCAGGAGUGUGGCCCUCGCUUUACACUUAAAUUGAGGAACCUGCAACAUGGAACAUUUGAUUCAAAGGGUGGAGAGUAUGAGUGGGUCCACAAGCCGGAGAUGGACACGAGCCGCAGGAGGUUUUUCUUGUUAGCCAGAGAUUUUGCUUCAGAAGAAGACCUCCCAUUUUAUUAUGUUUCUUUCCCCACUGUAUGUGGAGGUUCGAUCAGGUGUGGGCAGGAUUUCUCUGCAUCAAGAAACAAGUUAAUUAGCUUGUAGUCCAAUGACAAUGGUUUCUGGGGCUUUUGUUUCGUAGAGCAUUUGGCUAAGAUUGGUCAAAAGCCUCUUUGAGAAAGAGUGGCUGUCCGUUUGCUGGAAGGGAAGGACAUGACCUCUCUCUUAAUCUGCUUAAGAUCAAAGUCCUGCUUGGGAGUUGGAGAAUGUCAAAUUGAGCUAAAAGGAUAUGCAUACUGCAAUCAGAUUAGAACAAAAUUGUUGAUGUUAUAAGCAUGUUUUAAUACCAUUGUUAAAUGCUUUAAUGAUAUGCUUUUCCA